GGCCGAUGCGGUGAGCUCGGGCCCGCCCCGCUGGCAGGCAGGCAGGCAGGCAGGCAGGAGCGCGUGCGGCGGCGCGCGGCGGCCCCACCAUGGCCCUGACCCUGUUCGAUACUGAUGAAUAUAGACCUCCUGUGUGGAAAUCUUACUUAUACCAGCUGCAACAAGAAGCCCCUCAUCCUCGAAGGAUCACCUGUACUUGUGAGGUAGAAAACAGACCAAAGUAUUAUGGAAGAGAGUUUCACGGCAUGAUCUCUAGAGAAGCAGCUGACCAGCUCCUAAGUGUGGCUGAGGGCAGCUACCUGAUCCGGGAGAGCCAGCGGCAGCCAGGAACGUACACGUUGGCCUUAAGAUUUGGAAGUCAAACCAGAAACUUCAGGCUCUACUACGAUGGAAAGCACUUUGUUGGGGAGAAACGCUUUGAGUCCAUCCACGAUCUGGUGACUGAUGGCUUGAUUACUCUCUAUAUUGAAACCAAGGCAGCAGAAUACAUUGCCAAGAUGACGAUAAACCCAAUUUAUGAGCACAUAGGAUACACAACCUUAAACAGAGAGCCAGCAUACAAAAAGCAUAUGGCAGUCCUGAAAGAGACACUUGAUGAGAGAGAUGCUACAGGCCAGGAUGGGGUAUCAGAGAAAAGGUUGACAUCACUUGUUAGAAGAGCAACUCUGAAAGAAAAUGAGCAAAUUCCAAAGUAUGAAAAGGUUCACAAUUUCAAGGUCCAUACAUUCCGAGGGCCACACUGGUGUGAAUACUGUGCCAACUUCAUGUGGGGCCUCAUUGCUCAGGGAGUGAAAUGCGCAGACUGUGGUUUGAAUGUUCAUAAGCAGUGUUCCAAGAUGGUGCCAAAUGACUGUAAGCCAGACCUAAAGCACGUCAAGAAGGUGUACAGCUGUGACCUGACGACGCUCGUGAAGGCACACAUCACCAAGCGGCCGAUGGUGGUGGACAUGUGCAUCAGGGAGAUCGAGUCCAGGGGUCUUAAUUCUGAAGGUCUGUACCGAGUAUCAGGAUUUAGUGACCUAAUUGAAGAUGUCAAGAUGGCUUUUGACAGAGAUGGUGAAAAAGCAGAUAUUUCUGUGAACAUGUACGAAGAUAUCAACAUUAUCACUGGUGCGCUUAAGCUGUACUUCAGGGAUUUGCCAAUUCCACUCAUCACAUACGAUGCCUACCCGAAGUUCAUAGAGUCUGCCAAAACCCUGGAUCCUGACGAGCAAUUAGAGACCCUUCAUGAGGCGCUGAAGCUGCUGCCACCUGCUCACUGCGAGACCCUCCGGUUCCUCAUGGCACAUCUGAAGAGAGUGACCCUUCAUGAGAAGGAGAAUCUGAUGAGUGCGGAGAACCUUGGGAUUGUGUUUGGUCCAACCCUCAUGAGAUCCCCCGAACUCGAUGCAAUGGCUGCAUUGAAUGACAUACGGUAUCAGAGACUGGUGGUGGAGCUGCUUAUCAAAAAUGAAGACAUUUUAUUUUAAAUUUUUAAUUUGAGGGCAGGAAAAGAAGUGUUUUACAGAUGAAGGAUGUUUUAUAGUUAUUUAAUUGGCUCCAUUAGCUGAACUAUUUCCUGGUUAGAGGGAGGUUUAGGCAAAUAACCAGAUUCAAGUGAAGGAACUUUCUGUCAUUUCUGUAGCACCGCUCAGCUGUCCUUGUGAAACAGUGAACACAUGCUUCCUGGUUCUAGUAAUCCUGGGUGUUUAUCAUGGGAAGAAAACCUCAAGCCACUGCAUGAUUACCCCUGUUUGGUAAGGAAACCCCACACUGAGGAAACACAGGCCUAUACCUGCACCGCUUUUCUUUCCCAGGUGGUCUGUGGUUGUCACCCAGCAUGUUUCCCAGAGUAACUGUCGUGACUUUGCUUUUGGGGUCCAUGCCAUUGGUUCUGAAACUUGUACCGAUAGCACGUGCACAUGGGUCAGCAGCACCCCGGCUGCCGCACUGCCGCAGACUCCGUCCUAGGCUGGCUUCACAACGGUUUACUUCUACUUUCUCCUAGCUCUUCUCUAACGUAGCUCUUUCUUUCCAGCAACAGCUAAAUGUGUUUUCAGAUUUGUUACUUCAAUAAGUUAUCCUACCAAUAAAAAUGUACAACACAGA